AAUCCAACAUUUUGAAUUAGCUAUUGUUCAAAGCAAGUAUCAGAAGGUGGUGCUGUAACACUAAAUGCAACUACUAAUUAAUUCAGCUCAAUAAAUAAUUUCAUAAAAGCUGACAUUUACUUUGAUUUCCACCAAGGUCCCUUUGUUGCCGGAAAGCCAGAAAUCACACCCAAUGUAGUUUUAUACAAAUAAAAUGUCCUGAACUAAAUAUGAGCCAAAUAAUCCCACUUUAAUAAAUCAUAAAAAAUUCAAAAGACAUUAAAUUAAAACAACCUUAAAGAGCAAGUCACCCCCAAAUCAACUGUUUUUUUGAUCAAAUGCGUGUCUAAUCGUGCUGCAGACAUGUGUAGUCAAUAGUUUAGUACUUAAGUGCAUUUUAGUUCAAAUUUAAAUUUUCUGCCUAAAACUGUCAGUGAUGUGCUGUUGUCGGGUAAAAACUGCACUGCAGUUGAGUUAAUAUCUGCCAUUGCUAUUGGCUAAGAGGUACCCUAGAACGUUAGCUGCUCAGGACGCAGAUGUCUGGAGCGCGUCAACAAUCAGAGCUUUGCAUGGGCAAGCUGGUUAAGGUUAGGAUGGGGUGAGGAGAAGGUUAAAUUGCAAGAGGGUAAACGUCACAAUUUGGUUAAAUGUCCGUUUUACCGCGGGUGUCAGUACUGACGCUCUGGCACAGCGCGUCGCCUCCGCCUCCCGACGUGCAGGAGCUCGUCAUCUGCUGUCUCGCUCAUUAUCACGUGACAGCGACUAGUCGAUGACAGGCAUAAAAAGUCACUACAGAGCAGUGAAGUCGACUAGUCGACUAGUUCAUACAACCCCUAGUACGCACACAGGUGCUCACAUGGUGCUCUCAUAAGUAUGGACUUGGGCACGUUCAACACAUGUCUUAAGGCUGUGGUGGGCACUUAAUGCAAUGUGAGUUAUUAUCGCGUGAUUGUUCAGUUAAACCAUGUUGAUUUUAUAUUUCAUCAUCAAGUUGACCCAGUGAUAGCUUGCUCCUGUUGUAUUGUUGUGUGUCCCUUUUCUGCAGGUCUAGAAGCAGACUAUUGUUCAUCAUUGAUUGUUUAUUUUCGUGGAACCACCCCCAACCUUUGUCUCUUCCUUUCUCUUUCACCUCUGUCUCCGUGUCUGGUUGAAAUUACAAAGCAUUCAAAAACAAUAACAAUAAAGUUUUAAGUAUCAGGCGUGACAUUAAAAGCAGACACUUUGAUGCUCCACCUGAGAGUAAAAUCUGUAAGGCUUGUUACCAGCAUUCAGACAUUAAUUCUGUUUACUUCACAGCCAGACAGGACACGGAAAAAAAAAAUAAAAAAUUCUGCCAUCGCUAUUGGCUAAGAGGUACCCUAGAACGUUAGCUGGUACACUAUGAAGUCACAAUGUCGUUGUGAGCCUGUGUGUGUGUGUGUAUUUGUUAGCGGCUCCGCCCUCUCGGUCUGCUAGGCAACAGCAUUUGUUGCAUUUUUCAAACAGGAGUGGAGUAAUGCUCUGGUAGGGGGUGACUUGCUCUUUAAUGGAUCGAAGAGCGAUAAAACGUGAGCCUACUGCACAUAAACCAAUGUAAACCUUUCAAAUUUCUAUAUUUCAUGGCAUCAAUGUCUUGUAAUAAAGUCACACCGUAGAAUUAAAGAAAUUAAGGAAGAAUGGUGCUUUCUGUGUGCACUACUCCCCUUAAUGACCUUUUAGAUUUCGGGCUGGUUUUGAGUUCCAACUCGCAGUAAUUAGAGAACCUUAAACGGGUUCACACGCUCGUCAACCAGACCCCUUUUUCUCCUAUCUUUUCCUUUGAAGUGUUUGUUCUCAAAGUAAAACCACAUGUUUUCACAUUUCUGGAGACAUUCUAGAAGAAUAAUCAUAAACCAGACUUUUUAUGGGUGCGACGUUUGUUUCGAGACUGCUGCACUUUGGCUGCAUUUGUGCAUCUAGUUUAAUGUCAGCUGUCUUCUGAGACCUGGUAUUGAGUGUCCACCAUCUCCGCACCCCCUCUUAUUUUACCCCCUUGAAUAAAAGCUGUACAGUCUGAAUGAAUCCCCUUCACUGGCACGCUCAACAAAACUGCCCAAAUGUAGCGACUGUUCAGUUUUCACGAGCAAUCCCAGCAACAAAGACCACGGAGGGAUCAUGAAACGGGUAGAAACGUUUGGCAGGAUUCAUUACUACUGCUGCUUAGAGUCUGCAUUUAAAGACAGAACAGAGUUUAAACAAUGAAAUGUACGCAUUCUUGUUUUUGAGAGGAUGUAUGUCAUUUUUUUCUUUACUUUCAACGCCUGUGGAGGAUUUAGUUGAUAGAUUUAUUGAUUAGAUAAUAUGCUGAUUACAGUUUAUUGUUGGUUUUUAGUAGAUAAUUGUACUUUUUGACUUGACUUUGUGAUCAUGACCAAGAAAUAGGUACGUUAGGGGAUAAAAUUAAGAUGGACUUUACUGGAAAACAUACGGUUUUGUUGUUUCAUGUUCUGCUUUUCAGUACUGUGUCCUCGGAUGAACCCUCCCUUGGAAACCCGGGGAAUCUAAGUUUUGAGAGUGAGUUUGCGGACUUGAUCGAAGGGCAGCAUAAACUCCAGUCCUGGUAUAAUUCAUCCACUGAUGCUGAGCUCAAGCAUGGCACAGUCAGCACACACUCUCACAACAGAUGGACAGCACAGAUGGCUUUCUCCAAAACUGUUUAUUCAUUUCAAGUGAAAGAAGACACGGUGCCAGGGACAGUUGUGGGAAAGGUGGGAAUCCAGGGUGAGAGUCUCACGCCUAUCACGUACCUGCUUCAGGAGGACGGUGGGGAGAACCUUUUCCUCCUCAGUCCCAUCUCUGGGGAGUUCCUAUUAUCCCGCAGCCUGGACUUUGAAAUACAAAGAUUCUACAUUCUCACCGUGGAGGCCCAGGAGGGGGGCUCGCAGGUGUCCGGUGUCAGGGUGUACUUCAAUGUGCUGGACGUGAACGACAAUCCUCCGGUUUUCAGUCAGGAUAACUCCUCUGCAUCGCUGCUGGAGGAUGCACAAGUUGGUACCUGCUUCCUGUCACUGAAUGUGUCAGAUAAAGAUCAUGGUGAGAAGACCAACAACUUCUACACGUUCAGUCAUGCUCUAGUUAUUUAUCAAACCUAGAGUUCAAGCACAUAUUCUAAAUUACAUAAAUAAAUAAAAUCUACACUAUGGUAUCAACAAAAAAAAGGCCAAAAAGGAAAGCUGUCUUUGGCAGAAAAAAACCAUGCUGGGAACUACACCCCCUAGUGGCUGCUUGAAACAUCCCGCUUACUUGCAUCGACUUUGGUUUGGGAUACGAGGAUAACAUUCCUCCUACUCACCUACACACAAUCAUGGCGUUUUAACGCUUCAGAUAACAACUUCUAACACAACAUUUUGUAAAUGCACAUGUUAACAUACACAAGCAAGAUAAGAAGAUGUGAAUCAACAAGUCAGCACAAGAAAAUCAAAAUGACCUAUGGGAUGUUUUGGUCAUUUAGUCAGGGUAUGUGAUGGACCAACUGGCCAUGUCUUGGUAGCUUUGCAGUUACAGCAUACUUUUUCCCAAAUUAAAGCUGCAAUAGCAAAUUUGGAAAACAAAUUGGCUUAAAACAUUUUUUUCAUGCCUUUUAUCAACAUUCUAACAUAGUAUAGCCAUAAAUAUAUCGUGAAGCUUAAAAAACAAAACAAAAAAUUAAUAAAAUGGGUCAUGUGCAUUGCACUUGCAACCCUCCGCCAAUGACAUUUUUCAAACUGAAAGCAACCAUUGGCCAAUAUGGUUGUCGGUCUUGUCGAACCGCCGCACUUCGUCCAUUCAUAACGCGCUCACAUUUUUUUGCAACAGAAAACCACUGGAGCGAGAGAAUCGCUCAAUAAUAUCAAAGAAGGAGAAACAACCAGCUGCUACCACUUUAAAUUUAGGACAAACCACCAGAGUCCCAAAAAGAAAAAAACACCAUUAGAAGUCACUGACAACAAAAGACAAUGUGUUUGCUUUCAAAAGCCAGCUUGUUUGCAGAUUUGCUAUAGCAGCUUUAAUUGGCUGACGGAGAGAACGGUCCUCCGUUAGAUGUCCAAAGUUUGUGGUAUUUUAUCUUUUUUUGUCAUUACCG